AUGGUCAUUUCUUUGAAGUCAUGCCUGAACUUUAUGUGUUUAUUGUUAUGCCAUUGGAUUGGGACGGCAUUACCUCUGAAUCUUGAAGACCCCAAUGUGUGUAGCCACUGGGAAAGCUACUCGGUGACCGUGCAAGAGUCCUACCCACAUCCCUUUGAUCAAAUUUACUACACGAGCUGCACUGACAUUCUAAACUGGUUUAAAUGCACGCGGCACAGAAUCAGCUACCGGACCGCAUAUCGGCAUGGGGAGAAAACCAUGUACAGGCGCAAGUCCCAGUGUUGUCCUGGGUUUUAUGAAAGUGGGGAGAUGUGUGUCCCCCACUGUGCUGAUAAAUGUGUCCAUGGUCGCUGUGUUGCUCCAAACACCUGUCAGUGUGAGCCUGGCUGGGGAGGGACCAACUGCUCCAGUGCCUGUGAUGGUGAUCACUGGGGGCCCCACUGCAGCAGCCGGUGCCAGUGCAAAAAUGGGGCUCUGUGCAACCCCAUCACGGGGGCUUGCCACUGUGGCGCAGGCUUCCGGGGCUGGCGCUGUGAGGAACGCUGUGAGCAGGGCACCUACGGUAAUGACUGUCAUCAGAAAUGCCAGUGCCAGAAUGGAGCCACCUGCGACCAUGUCACGGGAGAGUGCCGCUGCCCACCGGGAUACACCGGAGCCUUCUGUGAGGAUCUUUGUCCCCCUGGUAAACACGGCCCACAGUGCGAGCAGAGAUGCCCUUGCCAAAACGGAGGAGUGUGUCAUCACGUCACCGGAGAAUGCUCCUGCCCUUCUGGCUGGAUGGGCACAGUGUGUGGUCAGCCUUGCCCUGAGGGUCGCUUUGGAAAGAACUGUUCCCAAGAAUGUCAGUGCCAUAAUGGAGGGACGUGUGACGCUACCACAGGCCAAUGUCAUUGCAGUCCAGGAUACACAGGGGAACGGUGCCAGGAUGAGUGUCCAGUGGGGACCUAUGGACUUCACUGUGCCGAGACCUGCCAGUGCGUCAAUGGAGGGAAAUGCUACCACGUGAGCGGCGCCUGCCUCUGUGAGGCCGGCUUUGCUGGGGAGCGCUGCGAGGCGCGCCUGUGUCCCGAGAGGCUCUACGGCAUCAAAUGUGACAAGCGGUGCCCCUGCCACCUGGACAACACUCAGAGCUGUCACCCCAUGUCUGGAGAGUGUGCCUGCAAGCCAGGCUGGUCAGGACUCUACUGUAACGAGACGUGCUCUCCUGGCUUCUAUGGGGAAGCUUGCCAGCAGGUCUGCAACUGCCACAACGGGGCUGACUGUGACAGUGUGACGGGACGGUGCACCUGUGCUCCAGGAUUCAGAGGCAGUGACUGCUCCACCCCGUGCCCUCUGGGAACCUAUGGGGUUAACUGUUCCUCUCGCUGUGGCUGUAAAAACGAUGCUGUCUGCGCUUCUGUGGACGGAUCUUGUACUUGUAAGGCAGGCUGGCACGGGGUGGAUUGCUCCAUCAGAUGCCCCAGCGGCACGUGGGGCUUUGGCUGUAACUUAACAUGCCAGUGCCUCAACGGGGGAGCCUGCAACACCUUGGAUGGGACCUGCACGUGCGCACCUGGCUGGCGCGGGGAGAAAUGCGAACUUCCCUGCCAGGAUGGCACAUAUGGGCUGAACUGUGCUGAGCGCUGUGACUGCAGCCAUGCAGAUGGCUGCCACCCUACCACAGGCCAUUGCCGCUGCCUCCCCGGAUGGUCAGGUGUCCACUGUGACAGUGUCUGUGCUGAGGGUCGCUGGGGUCCCAACUGCUCCCUACCCUGCUACUGUAAAAAUGGGGCCUCGUGUUCCCCCGAUGAUGGCAUCUGUGAGUGUGCACCAGGGUUUCGAGGGACCACUUGUCAGAGAAUCUGCUCGCCUGGUUUUUAUGGGCAUCGCUGCAGCCAGACGUGCCCUCAGUGUGUGCACAGCAGUGGGCCCUGUCACCACAUCACCGGCCUGUGUGACUGCUUGCCUGGCUUCACAGGCGCCCUGUGCAAUGAAGUGUGUCCCAGUGGCAGAUUCGGGAAAAACUGUGCAGGGAUUUGUACCUGCACCAACAACGGGACCUGUAACCCCAUUGACAGAUCCUGCCAGUGCUACCCCGGCUGGAUCGGCAGUGACUGCUCUCAGCCUUGUCCACCUGCCCACUGGGGCCCAAACUGCAUCCACACGUGCAACUGCCACAACGGAGCCUACUGCGGCGCCUACGACGGGGAGUGCAAGUGCACGGCUGGCUGGACGGGGCUCUACUGCACUCAGAGAUGUCCCCUGGGGUUUUAUGGCAAGGACUGUGCGCUGAUAUGCCAGUGUCAAAACGGAGCCGACUGUGACCACAUCUCAGGGCAGUGCACUUGUCGCACGGGAUUCAUGGGCAGGCACUGUGAGCAGAAGUGCCCUGCUGGAACAUAUGGCUACGGCUGUCGCCAGAUAUGUGACUGUCUAAACAACUCCACCUGCGACCACAUCACUGGGACCUGUUACUGCAGCCCCGGAUGGAAGGGCGCACGGUGUGAUCAAGCUGGUGUCAUAAUAGUUGGAAACCUGAACAGCCUAAGCCGGACCAGUACUGCUCUGCCUGCUGACUCUUACCAGAUCGGGGCCAUCGCGGGCAUCAUCAUUCUUGUCCUAGUUGUUCUCUUCCUCCUGGCAUUGUUCAUUAUUUAUAGACACAAGCAGAAGGGCAAGGAAUCCAGCAUGCCAGCGGUGACCUACACCCCUGCCGUGAGGGUCAUCAAUGCAGAUUACACCAUUUCAGAAACCCUUUCUCACAGCAAUGGUGGAAAUGGGAACAGCCAUUACUUCACCAAUCCCAGUUACCACACACUCACCCAGUGUGCCACGUCCCCACAUGUCAACAACAGGGACAGAGUGACCAUCACAAAGUCAAAAAACAAUCAGCUGUUUGUGAAUCUUAAAAAUGUGAACCCUGGGAAGAGAGGCCUUGUGGCGGACUGCACAGGGACACUGCCCGCUGACUGGAAACACGGCGGCUACCUCAAUGAGCUCGGCGCAUUUGGACUUGACAGAAGCUAUAUGGGAAAAUCCUUAAAAGACCUGGGAAAGAAUUCUGAAUAUAAUUCCAGUACGUGCUCCCUAAGUAGUUCUGAAAACCCAUAUGCCACGAUUAAGGAUCCACCUGUACUUAUCCCCAAAAACUCAGAAUGCGGCUAUGUGGAGAUGAAAUCACCGGCACGAAGAGAUUCUCCAUAUGCGGAAAUCAACAACUCAACUUCAGCCAACAAGAAUGUCUAUGAAGUUGAACCUACAGUGAGUGUUGUCCAAGGAAUGUUCAGCAAUAACGGGCAUCUCACCCAGGAUCCUUACGACCUCCCAAAGAACAGUCACAUCCCUUGUCAUUACGACCUGCUGCCGGUCCGAGACAGUUCAUCUUCCCCCAAGCGAGAAGAUGGUGGCAGCAGCGGCAGCAGCAGCAGCAGCAGCAGUGAAUGA